UUUGGUUUGAAGAGAAAAUCUCAUAUUUCAGUCACAUUUUGAUAAAACGCGUUUCCAAGUGUGGUUUUUUGUAUGUUGGCUCAUACGGCGAGAUUGUCCUAAACAAAUGUACUGGUCUAUAUUUUCCAAGGACUACCACUUCUUACAAAUGUAUGUAUCAAUGCAGAUAGCAUGUUGAUAGAAGUGAGUUUCAUCUGGUUCUAUAUGAUUAUCUUCAACGCGGAAACUUCUAUUGACAUAGUAUAGUAGUAAUAGUCAUAUGCUAGCAAAGUUAGUAUUUCCAACGUUUUGGAUAUCGACGAGACAGUCUUUAGAUUGUUUUAUUCUCUCCAAAUAUUCAAUAUUGCUUUGGAAUUGGUUUAAUAAUCAAUCAACUAAUAUGGAUAUAGUCUCUUGGUCGCAGUGAUCACUGAACUCAUUUUUGAAGUUUUAACAAAUCCCGGCAGAUCAGUGACAAAUAAUAUCUCAAGACGAAUACGAGAGAGCUUCAUUUAUAAGCAAUCGUUGUUACGAAGGUAAAAAGCAAUCCAAUUAGCUCACUGCGAAUUCAACUGUGGUCAUGAGCUUCCGUUUACUCAUUAUCUCAACAAACCGAAGACAAAGGAGAACUUAACAUAAAUUGUCAAAAAACACGUUUUCUGAUAUUGAAUGAGGACAAAAUUACGUUUUCUUUUGUCAGUGGCUAUUUCUUGACGCGAUCCUUCUUGCUGUUCGGGAAUCGUUUUGCAUUUUUUCAUCUGUAUACAACGCACCAUAAUUAUUCUUGGAUAAAGCAGUCAAGUUAACUUCUUAACUUGAAAAAGCACGACUUAAUGGACGAUCUUCAAAAGGCUGUUAUCCUUAUGGCAACAAAAUUGUCUGUACAUAACUCAAAGCCACUAUGUAAUGCGGAAGUUGUCACUGUUCGUUGUCGUCAUGUUGUGAAACACAUUCCUAAACGGUAUGUUAUGGCAUAUAUCUUAUCAUUAGCACAAAAGCAAUGCUUAAAUCUUGAGAAGGAAAGUUUUUCGUUUCUGAGCUAUGUUCCAGAAGUAUGGAUAAACCUAGUUGAUGUUAUUAGAUCUAUGAAUUCCGGUAAGUUAUACGAUAUUUGUUCACGUUUUAAUGGUUUCUUAAAAGUUAAUUAA